AUGUCGGGAAUGAUCCGGGCCUUCAAGAACGGCGACGCCUCGUUCAAUAACCGCCGUGUUCGCUCUCUGAGCGGUGGAUCUUCCAACGGCUCGUCUUCUGCCUCUGAGGAAGGUGGCGCUCGUCUGUCUCAGGCUAGCAACUCUCCUGCCCAGAACAGGGUCCGUUUUUCAUCCAUCACCCAGGAGUUUGGCCGUUUCACCCUCUCGUGCACUGCCUCUUCUGGCGGCUCUGUCAAGGAGACGACCGAGUCCUCUUCUCCUUUCCAGGUCGGAAAGCCUAGCGAUGUCUUCAUGGGCUCGCCCACCAAGCCUGCUCGCAAGGUCGAUGCUGAUGAGGCUCACGACCCCUUCAUCAAAGCUCAGGCUGCCCUCGUCAUGAUGGGGGCCUCGCGGGAUCAUCACCUAGUGAAGGCAGUGGCGACUGACAACGGUAACACCGCGGUAUCCUCUGGCAUGGAUGGCAAUGGUCCUAUCCGCAACACUCCCAGCCGCAACACUCCCAACCGGAGCGCUUCGCGCCACCAGAUUGGCGGGGUUGAUGUCCAGGGCAUCUAUCCUCCCAGUGCUUGCGUCUUUGUUGCCAAUCUUCCUGAAUCCAAGGACGAUCGCACCCUCGAAGUCGGCAUUGUUCGCGAGUUCAGCAAGUACGGCACUGUCUUUGUUAAGAUUCGUCGCGAUGCCAACCGCAUGCCGUUCGCCUUUUGCCAGUACACAAAGGAUGAGGAUGCCCAGCUCGCCAUGAGGGAGGGCAAGGGCGCUCUUAUCUGUGGUCGUCCGUGCCGUACUGAGAUGGUCAAGGCCAACCGCACUUUCCUCGUGUACAGCCGCAAGGGCAACAGCAUUACUACCGAGGAAGCUAGAGCGAUCAUGGAGCCUUAUGGCGAGCUCAGCGAGUGCAAGAUGCUCAGCGCCCAGAUCCAAGAGGCCCUGAAGCUUCCGGGAUGCGCGAUCUUGGUCGAGUUUGCAAACUUUGACCCAAAGCGGGAUCUCAACAUGGCGGUUCGCGAGAACGACGAAUACUGCAUUGACGCCUUCGACCUGAAGAAGAAGAACAUUGUUUCGCGCGCUGAUGCGGAUGAAGAAUUCCUUCGCAAGUAUGACGUCGAUCGUCGUUCCAUCUUCAUUGGCCGUUUGCCCUUCGAUGUCGACAAGGAAGAGAUCAUUGAGCUCUUCUCUGCAGUUGGUGAAAUUCUCAACGUUGACCUCAUCAAGCGCAAGCAAGAUGGCAUCAUUUCGACCGUCUUUGCCUUUGUUGAGUUCGCUCGUGCGGAUACUCCGGAUAUUGCCAUUGCCAAGUUUAAUGGCAAGAUGAUGCGUGGCUUCCCUAUCAACGUCGAGAGGAAGGUCUUCAAGCACGCAGGUACUCCGCGCCGUGUCAAGUCGCAGGCGUUCACCAAGGUGUCUGUUACCCCAAAGACUCCUAAGUCAGCCACCCUCCCCAAGUCUCCUCUUGCGGAGAUUAGUGACAACACCAACUUCAACACCCCCCUCCCUGCUUCGCAGACUCGCGCUUUCGAGGAGCCCGUUGUUGCUACCACCACGCCGUUGGUGUACCAUGCGGCCAGCCCCAUUGCCCUUGGUGCCGAUGGCAAGUCCCUUAUCGGUCUCGGCGGCAUUCCUGCCUCAACUCCUGCUAUGGCAGUUCCACUCAACCCCUACUCAUUCGUGGGUGGCUACUGGCCGAACAUUACUACCUUCCAGGAUCCCAUCACGGGCGUCACCUAUUACACUCAGACGCCGUCUGUUGUCCAGCAGGAGGCAGCCACUCCGCAGCAGGUCCCUGACACUCCAACUCGAAGCCGUGAGCAUCGCGAGCGCCGCUACGCCUAA